GAACAUUUCACCAGGACAUUUCCGGGCAGUAGAAGGAAGGCACCGACUGGCUUGAGUUGAUUUGAACUAUCACCACAGCCGCCUCGCGUCUCCACCACCUGCGCCACAGAAAACGAACAAAGAAGAAAACAGGACAAAAGAAAACAGAUAUGUAUUGGUGGUGGGUGACGGACUCGGUGAAGCUGUCCCUACUUGAUAAUGGUAGGGUUCAUCUGCACUGGCCUCGUCCUUUUUUGCGUCUGCUUCUGCAUCGAUUUAAAAGUGAACAGUAGUAAGUACGAGAACUUGGUUGACGGGGCCAGCCACAGCAAGAAGAAGAAGGAGAAGGAGAAAAAGAAAGCGACGAAGGUAACAACACAAGAUAUAGAACUGGACACUUUUGGCCAAUCCUCGCCUCCGCCUUACACGCCAAGAGGUUAUAGAAUUGAAACAACGUGGGGAAGAGCGGAGGAGGACGAUAGCAGGAGCACGCCCUUGGUGCUGAGGGGAUCGGCAGCACCACGGGAAGGCAAGGCGGAGGGAGAACGUGAGCGGAAGAGUGUAAGGGGCACCGGCAGCAGCAUCGUAACCUCAGGAAGCAGGGGUGGACACAGCUCCUGGGCUUACGUCAACUUGGCUUUCGAGAAGGAUGCCGACCUGAUCCUCUCCCCGGGGACCCUGAAGAAGAGGAUGGAGGAGAGAACCGCGGCGGAGAAGGAAAGAAAGGGAGAGAUCGGAGAGAAAACUUGGAAGAAAGGCGACACCGUUGAUAAAUGGCGAGAACAGACGAAAAAAGAGACGGAUGGGAAAUCAGGUGACACUGGAACGAGGAGGAAAAGUGAAGGAAGGGAUGUUACUGGGCUACAGACAUUUCGCGGUGUGAAAGGAAGUGGAGACACUGCCGCUCAGAGUAACAAGACCGCUGGGGACAAGGGGAGCACCACUUUAGGUAGGAAAAAGAUUUGGAUAAGCUCGAGCAGUCUGAGGAGUCCCGGCGAGGGAGGCGAGAAGGAAGACGCUGCGAAGAGUGAGAAUAAGCAGGAUCGUAAACUGCAAGCAGAGGGCGAGGAAGGAGCUGCAGGAUUCCGACUGAAACACCUGACGAAGGAAUGGGACAAGGACGUCGGGGAAGGAGCAAGGAAAGCCGAGGAAGGUGAAGGUAGAGAUAAUGCUGAUGGUAAAAACGGUACUGUGGAAAAGAAACAAACUAAGCCUGAAAACAAAGAAACCAAGCAAGAUGAAAAAGAGAAAGACAGCGAGGGCGAGCAGAGUGCGUCACAGAGUCCUCGCAGAUCUCCAGUCCUCCUCUCCCGCUUCUCCACGUCCACCAAAUUACUGCUGCCUCAGGAGGAAGAGGAAGAGGAGGUUGAAGAGGCGAGCCUCGCAAGGACCCUGGACCGAGGCUACACACACACACACACCCUGGAAAGGAGGGGCGGCUGGCGGGAAGGACAAAUCACCUUCUUCGAUGAGGGAAAGAAGAGAGAUUUUAAUUAUUUCUCUGCUCGAUGAUCUCUUCUUUGGUUCGCUCUCCCCCUCCCUCCUCUCCCUUCCCCUUUCCUCUCUCCAAUCCUAAUAUUUUAUUCAAUUUCUUCCUGUUUUUCUUUAAUCCCUCGGUACGUCUUACUCAUUUUAAUUCGCUUUCUUUAUUACUGGUUUCCUCUCGCCAUAUUUCCCCUCAAGACUAAUUCGUCCCACUGACUUUUGGUAUUUUCCCUUUCCCUGGUGUUGUAGUUUCCCUUGUUAUUUUCCUGCACUAUCUCAGACUUACUUUGUUUUAUUUUCCACUAUAUCUCUUCACUUUCUUAUUUCUGCUUUCCCUAUUUCGUAUCUUUCCUCAUUUCGCUUUAUUUAACUUGUCACGUGUUUCAUCCAUCUAAUCCCUCUUUUACUAUUUUACCUUUUUUCUCUCAAACCCAUUUCUUGCUCAACUGUUCCUGCAUGUCGCUCCCUUCAUCUAUAGCUUUCCUCUCUUUCAUUACCUCUUACUACUAAUCCAUUUUUUUUUUACUUCUAUUUCCCUUUUUAAUUUCCAUCCCCUAACUCCGUCUCAUCCCUUCUCUGUACUCUCUCCACUAAAAAGCUCUCCCCCUUCCUCCUCUCCCAUACCCUUUCCCUCUACAUCUCUUCACCUCUAUCACGUGGGCUUGACUCUCAUCUUCACUAUUGUGACUGGAGAGAUUAACUCGUGUCACGUUUCUGAUGGAAAUUUUUAAACAUGAAAACGAAUGUGCAGUUCCCCCCCCCAUUUCCCCGUUCGGAUUAUCGAAAAAGUAGAAUUAUGUGAAUUUUCUAGCAGGUUUUAGAUUCCCCGCGUCCUUUCAGAUCAGAUUUUCUAUGUGACAUUUAUCUGGUGUGUGUGUGUGUGUGUGUGUGUGUGUGUGUGUGUGUGUGUGUGUGUGUGUGUGUGUGUGUGUGUGUGUGUGUGUGUGUGUGUGUGUGUGUGUGUUGUGUUGUGUUGUGUUGUGUGUGUGUGUGUGCGCGUGUGUGUUAUUUUUACGUUUUACUCCACACUGCAUCUUUACAUGUGUACACUUAAGUGACUUGCAUUGGUUAGUUAAGGUUUUUUUUUAUAUCGAUACAUAAAGGAAAAAAAAAAUCAAUAUCGAAAAAGUAGAAUUAUGUGAAUUUUCUAGCAGAUUUUAGAUUCCUCGCGUCCUUUCAGAUCAGAUUCUGUGACAUUUAUCUGGUAGUCGUGUGUGUGUGUGUGUGUGUGUGUGUGUGUGUGUGUGUGUGUGUGUGUGUUAUUUUUACGUUUUACUCCUCACUGCAUCUUUACAUGUGUACACUUUUAAGUGACUUGCAUUGGUUAGUUAAGGUUUUUUUUAUAUCGAUACAUAAAGGAAAAAAAAAUCAAUAUUGUGAUA